GACAGCAAACGCUCCUCAUCAAGUCGUAUUCUUAUCGAAGAGUUCGAACCAGUCAAGAGUGAAGUAAGCCGGCCGACAGGGAGAGGGGAUGCUAUGGUGUCCCCAACGAGUAUGAUUGAAGAUAUCACAUUAUCCGAAGGCCCUGCUAAAGAGGAGAAAAGCUUUGAUCAACUCAAGGCAGAGUUCAGCGACAUGGAGACGAGGUUGCCGAGAAGCUGGCAGCUGAAAGAGCAGUUCAGUGCUGCACCCAGAGGCUCCCUGGGGGAGGAGGUUGCCACAUCAGUGCAAGAAGCUGCACCAAGCAGACCUCUUGUGGAGGAGCUGGGGCCUGUGAGUGAUGGUGCAGCGAGGGGCUCACUGGGGCAGGAGGAGGCCGAUGAGGAGAGUGAAAUGAUCAAAGAGAGAAAAGGAGAUGAAUACCUCACUUCUGAACAAGAGAAGCAGAAGGAGAUUGAGCAGAAGAUUUGGGAGCUGGCAGCCAACGCAGGAUCGACAUUGGACAGGAAUGAGACGGGCGGUCUCAACAGCGAACUUAUGAGAACACUCAGGUCAAAAUACCAGGGCAUGGGGCCUUAAGGUGUCACCAUUGAUAAGAGGCUGCAGGCCGAGUCUGUCCAGGUACUGGCUCUAUUACCAAGAUAGCAUUGUUUUUAAUCUGGGGCCCAUUUUUUUUAAAGAUUUGAUAUUAAUCGCAGCUUAUUUGCGAUUGAUUCAAAUCGCAACUAUGAACAUAAGAGAUAGGAGACUGCAAACUUGCGAUUUAUUAGAGGACUUGCGAUUGAUUUGGAUCAAUCUGAACUCUUUGUAAGAGGGCCCAGGUAUAGAUUUUGAAAGACAUUAAAGAUAGAUGAAAGAUACUGCAAGAUAUUGAAGAUACACAUCAGUGACAGCAGACGUUGGUAUCACUGGUUCAGGUUCCGGAACCAAGUCUGAACCUUUAGGAUGUGUGUCCCCAUGGAAGAGUGCUCCAGAAAUCAGAAUGUCAGCAUGCAUUAAUUUGUACCAGUGGUGAAGAGACUGUAAUCCAGUACCUUGGGGGGGGG